UGAGGCGUAUUUAGAGCUCCCGGACACGGAGCGUCAGUGAAGCCUGUCAGUGUUAGUUCAGUAAUCUUUAUGUCAAUAACAGCAUAAAAAUUCGACUGUGCAACGCCUUAUAUUAGAGGAAUUUAUAUAUAUAUAGUUUAAAAAAAGUCCUCAACAAAAGGCAAAGAUGUCUGGAAAAGAUCGAAUCGACAUUUUCCCUUCGAGAAUGUGAGUAGCUAAGCUAGGGCUCAAACCAUCAUGAAGGCGCGUCUGAAAGGAGCUCAGACUGGACGCAACCUGCUGAAGAAGAAAGCAGACGCUCUGUCCAUGCGCUUCCGGCAGAUUCUGAGGAAAAUCAUUGAGACUAAGACACUGAUGGGGGAGGUGAUGAGGGAAGCAGCUUUUUCCUUAGCCGAAGCCAAAUUUGCUGCUGGUGACUUUAGCACUACAGUCAUCCAGAAUGUGAACAAGGCCCAGGUGAAGGUCAGGGCGAAGAAGGAUAAUGUCGCAGGUGUGACUCUGCCUGUGUUCGAGCACUAUCAGGAAGGAGGAGACAGCUAUGAGCUGACGGGUUUAGCGAGAGGUGGAGAGCAGUUGUCCAGGCUGAAGAGGAACUAUGCUAAAGCUGUGGAGCUGCUGGUGGAGUUAGCCUCUCUGCAGACCUCCUUCGUCACCUUGGAUGAAGCCAUCAAGAUCACCAACCGUCGUGUGAACGCUAUCGAGCACGUGAUUAUCCCGAGGAUCGAACGAACCCUCACGUACAUCAUCACUGAACUGGAUGAAAGGGAAAGAGAAGAGUUCUAUAGGUUGAAGAAGAUCCAGGAAAAGAAGAAGCAGCUGCGGGAGAAGACGGAGCGGGAGAUGGCGCAGCGCCUGGCUGAGCUCGGCCCCAUCGCCGAACCAUCCAACAUGGUGGACAUGGAGAAAGACGAGGACCUGCUUUUCGAAUGAGCCUAGUUCAAGCUUCAGCUCCCAGCACACACACACUAUUUAUUCUGCGUGCCCAUCAGGCCAAGCACGAUGUAUUUUGUGAAAGGAAAGAAAUCACCAUUGUUUUGUGUAUAUGUUGGUGCUUAUUUUGUUUUCGGUUUUGCCUUUUUGGAACAAAGCAUGUUUGCAUUAUAGUAGCUAUAAAUGAAAUAUACAUAUGUACAUUGUUGGUUUACACUGUUAGUAUUGACUGUUCUGUGUAAGGUUUACUGUCUGAGUCUGUGCGAGUGAUUUAUCAUCGAUGACUGUAUGGGAUUAUUUGAAAUACCAUUCCAAGUUCUUAGACGGAUAUAAUAAUAAUAAUAAUAAUAAUAAUUUCAUCAUGUUUGUUUUAUGUGUAAUAAAUACUGUCGUGCAAUUUAGAAAGCCGAUAUGGUUGGUACAAUAAAGUGUCAAGUUCCAGACCACUGAUCAUGGUGGAAACCUGUACCAUCUUUGUGUAUAGUUAUUCGUCCAGCUCACUGUAACACAGUGUCAUCUCGUUAUUAAUCCUCUGAUAGACACAUCCGAGUCUAAUUCCAGUGACCCCUGUUGUGCUGAAAUACUUGUAUAAUCCCAAGUAAUCUUGUCUGUGAAAUUCAUUUGGAAUAAAAAUUGUAGAUGUUCUUCUUCUGAUUGAA